AAUUUGAAUUGACGUUUAGGCAAUAUCGAAAAGUAUACAAUUUGUUAUCAUAUGAUAUUUAAUAAAUUAUUAAUAAACUUUAAUAGACAUAUUACUAAUAAAAAUAGGGUAUGGAUGUAUGUAGAGAUACAUCUGUUGAUGAUGAAAAAGAUUUGCAAGUGAAAAAAAUUGGGGAUGAUUCCAAUAAUAAUGAGGAAAUAAAUAAAUUAGAACAAUGUAAACAAGACUCGAGAGUUAUAGAAGAAAACGAUAUUAAGUUGAAAGAUAGAAUCACUCAGUGCAAAAACAUAAUAGCAUCUCUUAAACUAGAGCUUAACGAGGAAAAAAAUAAAAUAGAAAAAGAAGCAAAAGCUGCAAAAUCAAGUCAAAUAUCAGACGCUGCUACACAUUCGUAUACCUACAGCGACGGUAAUACAUCUAAUAAAAGCGAUUUAUUAGCUACUAAUCUGUUUUCAGUUUGUGUAGAUAGCAAAUUUAAUUGCGACGAAUCUUUAAUCGAAUAUGAAAAACAACUACAGAGGUAUCAAAACACUCUUAAUAUGGCACAGAUUGAAAAAAAGAAUGCCAUAAGAAAACAAAUGUUAGCUAAGGCUUAUAAAUUGAAACUUUUGGAAGUUGAAAAUCAAUGUAAUAUUGAAUUAUUACGAAUCAAACAAAGUCUGCAAUGUCUAGAACCUCUUCAAAUGAUUGCUGAUAAAUGGAAGAAUAGUAAUGAUGACGUUUACGAUUUGGACAACUAUGAAUUGAUACCCAGGUAUCCUGAAUUAAAUGAGACUUUGGGAAGCGAUAUUUUGUCUAAUUCAGACCUAACGGAAAAUAAGAUGGCCGUUGCUACAGACGUCAACGAUAAAUUACGUGACUCUAAUUAAAAAUUCCGGCACUUUGAAAUUUUUAUGAACGAUUUUUGAUAAAGUUGUAUAAUAUUGAAAUGAACUUUUAAAAAUUAAACGCUUUUAUAUUCUCUAGAACAGAA